CCGUUUUAAAUAAGGGGUUCUUUCAGAUGAAAAGCAUUUGGUCGCAGGGGAGCAGCGAUAUCGGAUCAUCUUUGAACAAACCCAUCAGUAGAGUUUAUCAGAAAUGGUUGCUGAUUAUAACGGCUACUGGAAAAUGAUCUCCAACGAGAACUUUGAAGAGUACCUGAAAGCUCUGGAUGUAAAUGUAGCUAUUAGAAAGAUUGCCACCCUGCUGAAGCCUGAUAAAGACAUCAGUCAGGAUGGAGAUCACUUCAUCAUAAAGACUCUCAGCACCUUCAAGAACUACAACAUGGACUUUGUGGUUGGUCAGGAGUUUGAGGAGGAUCUGAGUGGAGUGGACGACAGGAAAUGUAUGACCACUAUCACGUGGGAUGGAGAUAAACUGGUGUGUGUGCAGAAAGGAGAGAUCGAGGGGAGGGGCUGGAGCCACUGGAUUGAGGGGGAUGAACUUCACUUGGAGCUGAGAGCCGCCGGGGUUGUGAGUAAACAGGUCUUCAAAAAGGCUUAAACCUGUACCGACAUUAUAAAGUAACACCCCCUACUGAACACUGGCAAAGAGAUCCAAAAAAAACAACAAUUUAAACUCCUGCCACAUUUUCCAACAUCUAUCAGUCUGUCUGUGUGCACCAUCAUCUCUGCUAUUGUGAAAACCAGUCAAACACCAUCUGUGAUAGUCUGUCACAAUCUAUAUGUGCUUGUUUAUUCUGAUCCUCACAGAGGAAGAUCUCCAGCGACAUUCAUUCUUAGGUGCCGCCGCUUGUCAUUUAGAUGUUAUUUACAUUAGUGGUAUAGGGAACACUGGGAUAAGCUGCACUAUAAGUGAACCAUCAAACAACAGGUGCGUCAGGAUAUUGUCUUGGACGCAACAAGAACCCUCCUUAAAUUGGGAGCUUCUGUGUACAUAAAAGUAAUUAGACUCCAGAGAGGAUGUGCUGAAGGAAAAAUGAUGUGACGAGUCGCAGUGCCGCCCGGCUGCUGUCGCUCUGAUUGAAGAGCCUGUCAGUCUCUUGGGUUCUGAGAAUGCCAGGGUUUUGCUUUCCUUCCCAUCAUGCCUCUGUGACUGUGCACACAAAAGAAUACAUAAAUCAGUGAAAUAAAGAGAAAUGCAUUGCG